AUGGCAGACAAUGGUAAGACUGCCUUCGGCUUCGCGAAAAAAGCGGCGAAGAGGAAGGAUGUCGGCGUGAACGAGCGAACCGACGAUGGGGCGAAGAAGGAGUUUCUCACCGGCGUCACGGGCUCAGGCCUGGAGCUCAAGGACAAGGUGGAGAAGGUGGUCAAGUCGAUCCCGGUUCAGGAAAACACCUUCGAGGUUGGAUCCGGUCGGCGAAGGAAGGCGCCGAGUUUCAUACCCGACGAGUCCGCGAUCGACGCCGACAACAAGGAGCGUUUCGAGAACGCGGAUCUGCUCGCAAAGGGGGAGACGGCUCAGCACGACGUGGUGUACGGCCUGACGAAGAUGGGUCCCAAGGAUGGGGAUACUCCCAAGGCCAAGGCCGAGGAGAAACCCGCGCAGGAAAGUUUCAUCGGUAAGAGCCUCGCGGAGAAGGAGCUUCAGGCGUUUAAGGAGGACGUCGAGGACCUCCCGGAACAAGCCACGCUGGACGAUUACGAGCAGAUGCCCAUAGAGGACUUUGGCGCCGCGAUGCUUCGGGGGAUGGGCUGGGAGGAAGGUAAACCCGUGGGACGGAACAACAACGGCAUGGUCGCCGCCGUCGAGUUCGUUCCCCGGUCGGGGAGGCUCGGGCUUGGCGCGGACCCGGCGCCCAGCAAGCAGGAGAACACCAAGAAGUACAUCAAGCCGGGCGAGAGCCGAGAGGCGCCCGCCACGAUGGUGCUGGCGAAGGGUCCCGAGGGGCAGUCGAGGAACGUCAAGACCCUCGACGAAAAGCUUGUCAAGCUGGAGGAGCCGGGCGCGAGAGAAGGGAAGAGGAUGUGCGUCGUCGAGGGCAGACACCGCGGGCUGACGGGUCGCGUGCUCAAGGUUGUGAAGCAGGAGGGUCGGUCCGACAGGGCCCAGCUCGAGCUCGAUACCAGCGGUGAGGUGGUGACGAUCAGGACGGGCGAGCUCGCGGAUUUGGGCACGCGGGAUGCGGAUAGGGCGAUGCGCAAGAAGGACGACAGGGCGGGUGGCAAGGGGGACGCCAGGGCGACGGGCAAGAGGGACGACGGGGAGGGGGGUAAGAAGCGGGAGCGGAGCGACCGCGACGACGUCGGCGGCGCGCAGAAGAGGGAGAAGAGGGAGGAGCCCGCGUGGCUGUUCGCCAGCACGCGCGUCCGGAUCGUGAGCAAGUCCUUCCAGGGGGGCAAGUACUACCUCAAGAAGGCCAGCGUGGUGGACGUGCUCACGCCGCGAACGUGCGUGCUGCAGCUGGAGGGUGGCGAGGUGCUGACGGACGUGCCGCAGAGGGCGCUGGAGACGGCGCUGCCCAAGAGGGGCGGCGCGGUCGUCGUGCUCGUGGGUGAGCACAGGGGGCAGCGGGGCACGAUGCUGGACAAGAAAGGGGAGGUCGCGGCGGUGCAACUGUCGGAGGAACUCUCGGUACACAAGAUAUCCCUGGACCACAUAGCCGAGUACACGGGGGCGCUGGAGGACUGA